CACAAAUUUGGACGUGAUCAACAUGUGACGGCAGUAGAAAAAUAAGUUUAUCAAAAUUCAGUAGUUAAACACCUAAACACCCGGAUAACAUGUCUGUAAACUGUAAAAAAGAAAUGAAUUUAAGUCACAAACAAUGGAAGAAACUGAAAAGAAAACAGAAAAGGGUUGCUGAAGCAUUAUUAAGAGCAGGGCAAGAAAAUGAUGAUAAAUCUGAGAGUUCAUCAGAUUCUGAAAAACGUGAAAGAGAAGAAAAAGAAAGAGAGAAACAACAUCAGUUAUUUUUAGAGAGAGAAAGAUUAGCACAGAUAGUAUUUUUGGCCAAUAAAGAAAAAGAGAGGAAAGAAAAAGAAUAUUUAGAGGAACAGCAGAAAAAGAUUAAAGAAGAAUGGGAAGAAUUGAAGAAGAAAGAAGCAGAAGAAAGAGAGAAAAGAGAAACUGAAAAGGACAGACAGGAUGCUCUAUUGAAGGAAGCUACAGUUCAUGAAAACAAGGAUGCCUGGCAUAACCCUAUAGCACCAGUAAUAUAUAGUUCAGAACGUCCAGUCAAUGAAUGUCCAUUCUUCAAGAAAACUGGUGCCUGUAAAUAUGGAGACAGUUGUUCAAGAUCUCAUGAUUAUCCUGAAGAAAGUAAGACUGUUCUUAUACCUGGAAUGUUCUCACAUUUUAGACUAGAUCAGACUCUUAUAGAUGAAUAUGAUACAGAUUUAAGUUUAGAAUAUGAAGAUAAAGAGUUAUAUAACAGUUUUCUUGAGUUUUAUGAAGAUGUAUUACCAGAGUUUAAGUCUAUAGGAACAGUUACCCAGUUUAAAGUUUGUUCUAAUUGUACUCCUCAUCUACGUGGAAAUGUUUACAUUACAUUUAAAAGUAUUGAAGAAGCUCAGCAGGCUGUAAUGAAGUUUAAUGGAAGAUGGUAUGCUGGAAAACAGUUGAAUUGUGAAUAUCGUAACAUCGCUCUGUGGAAAUCUGCUAUUUGUGGGUUGUUCUCACAAAAAUCAUGUCCAAAGGGAAACAUUUGUAACUUCCUUCAUGUUUUUCACAAUCCAAGAAAUGAAUUUAGAGAUGCGGACUUUGAUAAUUACAAUGGAGAACAGUCUUACAGACGUGACAGACGGCCAGACUAUCGAAACAGAAAUCCUCCUUCGAGGCGAUACAGGUCAAGGUCGAGAUCACGGUCCAGGUCAAGAUUAAAACACAGAUCAAGAAGUGAGAGGUCCAGAUCAAGAUCACAUUCUAGACAAAGAUAUUCUCGACAUAGAUCGAAGUCAAGGUCACGAUAUAGCAACAGGAAGAGGUCAAGAUCAAGGUCACGAUAUUCUCAAGGUAGAUCCAGAUCAAAUUCCCAAUCAAGGCAGUAUUACAGAGAUAGAUCUUAUUCUAGUUCUGAUUCAGAGAGCAGAAGAUCAGUACGUAAUAAAAAGUCUAAAAAGAGCAAGAAGAGGAAGCGUUCAAAAUCAAGAUCAAAUUCUCGAUUAAACUUUAGAUCAAUUUCUCACCAUAAACAUACUAAAGAAUUAGAUGACAGCCCAACCAAAUUAGACAAUAUAAUCAAAAAUAGUGGUAACGGUGAGCAUCAAUCACCUGGUUUGAAUGAGUCAAUUAAGGAUUGUAGGGGUUCUAAUAAAAAUGGAUGUGAAUCAAAUAAUAGAGAAAUAGUUGACAAUGCUUUUGUGGAGGCUGCAUUAGACAAGGACAAUAUUAACAAAAAACAUAGAAAACACAAGAAAAAUAAACAUAAAACGAAAAAAAAUCGUUCCGAAAAAUCUCAAUCUUCAGAUCCUGAUGAAUUGUAGAUAGGAGAUCAGUGUUACUUUCGUUACAUCAGCUUUAAUAAAAUGAUUUGUUACUCAAAA